CAUUGCAUAUAAACAUCUCAGAGCUUGCUUCAAAAUAACUCUCUUAUAAAUAGACCGCUGACUAUCCAAACGGGGAUUUCCUUUGAUACCCAGUGCACAGCAGUGAUUGUGUAACAACCAGAGAGCUGCAGACCAGACGCCGAGAGAGGAAGGACGUUUAGAAGACGACAACAUCCAGAAAACUACCCUAAUGUCAGACGAUCAGCCCUCUCCAGCCUCCGGCGGCUCCUUGUGCCCAGGCUGCCAGGGUGAAGGGUCGCUGCUGCUGCCCUGCGGACACGCUCUGUGCCAGGCUUGCCUGCAGCAGUGUCGGGACGAGCUCGGGCAGGACGGGCCGGGCUGUACCGAGUGCUACGGCCGCGAGCUGCUGGACAGCGUGCUGAAGGGGCUGCUCGACUCACUGUUUCAAGGGCAGCCGCGGCGGGCGGGAAACGGCGGGGAGGCCGGAGAGACGGCGGAGGAUGGAGAUCUGUGCAGACAGCAUAGAGAGAGACUGAAUCAGUACUGCAUGGAGGACGAGGAGCUGAUCUGUGAUCAGUGUCAGGGAGAGGAACAUGAAGAUCACGAGUGCAGCUCUAUAGAAGAGGCCACACAAGAGUGUAAGAGGGAGUUGAGAGCAGCUCUCAGACCCCUGCAGGAGAAACUGGAGAUGUUAAGCACAGCCAAGCAAACCUGCCAGGAAACUUCAGAACACAUCAGGAGACAGGCCCAGAACACAGUGCGUCUGAUAAAGGAGAACUUUGAAAAGCUCCAUCAGUUCCUGCACGAUGAGGAGAUCUCCAUGCUGAGAGCUCUGAGCGAGGAAGAGGAGCAGAAGAGCCAGAAGACGAAGGAGAAGAUUGACAAACUGACAGAUGAGAUCAUGACCUUAAGAGAAACCAUUAGUUCGACAGAAGAGGCCAUGAGCGCUGAAGACAUGGUGUUUCUGAAGAACUACAAGAAGACUUCAGAACGGAUGGACUCCACCGUUCCGGAUCCAGUGGAAAUCUCCGGAGCUUUGAUUGAUGUGGCCAGACACAUCGGCUCACUCAGGUUCAGAGUGUGGGAGAAGAUGCAGACCGCCGUCACGUACACUCCCGUGAUCCUGGACCCCAACACCGCCGACGUCUGCGUGGCUCUGUCCGACGACCUCACCACCAUCCGCUACACAGAGGAAGACCAGCAGGUCCCGGACAACCCCGAGCGCUUCUGCUUCUACGAGUGCGUCCUGGGCUCCGAGGGCUUGGGCUCCGGUCGGCACAGCUGGGACGUGGAGGUGGGCGACUGCAGCGAGUGGGCUCUGGGGGUGGUGAGAGAAAGCGCUCAGCGCAAAGAGUGGUUCCCGCCGAGCCCCGAGCGUGGCAUGUGGACCAUCUGUCUGUACGGAGGAGAGUAUCGCGCGCGGACGGCCAGCAGCGCUCCUCUGACGCUCAAGAAGAAACCUCAGAAGAUUCGGGUUCAGCUGGACUGGGAGGCCGGCAGAGUCAUGUUUUCAGACGCCGGGGACAACUCUCUGCUCUACAAGUACAAGCAUAAGUUUACCGAAAAAGUGUUUCCGUAUUUCUCCAACACGUGUAAAAGACAUCCGCUGCGUGUUUUAGCGGAGAAGGUGUCUGUGUACACGGAGUGAUUCAACAGACAUUUCAUUAUCAACACUUUCCUGAAGGAGUUCAAGAAUGACUUAAAGAGAUGCACCACCCGUCAAAAUAAGGAGUCUCUUCUGCUCAACAAGCCUGCAAUUAUUUGAUAAAAAGUAAGGCUCAAACAAUACAACAAAACAAUUUAGACAUUUUUAUUUAUUUUAAUUACAAAUUAUACACACACAUACACACACACACAUAUAUAUAUUCAUUCAAAUAGAAAACAGUCAUUAAUGCAAUUUUAAAGUUGAAUUGUGCAAUUUUAAAAGCCAGAAAUAGUUCUUAUAUUAGGAUUUGCUGUUCAAGAAAUAUUGAUAUAAUUUUGUAACAUUAUACAUGUAUAUAAAUAUAUGUAUAAUGUUUCCAAAAGCUUUUUAUGGUGUGAUGAUGUUUGAUGGCAUUUAGCUCUACAGGAAUGAAUUGCAUUUAAAAUAUAUUCAAAUAGUUGUACUGCUUUUUUACUGCAGACCCUAUUUUGGAUCCAAUAAAUGCAGGCUUGUUACUUUAGAAAACAUUAGAAAUCUAAAUGUACAAAAGCUUGUUAAUGAUAAGAAAUGUUAGCCUGAAGACUGGAGCAGAAGACUGUCAUCACAGGUAGAAAUGACAUUUUAUAAUAUAAUAAUAUAAUAACGUUGAAAACAGUAGUAUUAUAUUAGUAACAUUGAAGCUGUAAUAUUUCUAAAUAUUACUGCCGUUUUCAGUUUUUUGAGUUCAUAUCUUGUUUGAGUUCAUACUGUGUGUAUACCGUAGACUAAUUAAAUUUUUCAUGUAAAUGAAAUGAUUCAAAUGAAAUGAAUGUCUCUUUAGCUUGAAAUACACAGUAAAAAUAAAGGUGUGUUUAAGAGUAAUGUCUCGUAGGGUUUAAAUAAAGGGUCAACACAGUAAUACUGCUCAAGUAUUCUUAGUUUAACUUUUUUUCAUUCUGAAAUCAUUUUAAUAUUUAUUUUUAUUAUUAUUAGUCAUGAAAACGGUUUAAAUUUUUGCAAAAACCAGGACAUAAAGUUCAAAUAGACAUGGAAGUAGAAAUCAUAGGUAAUACUAUAAAUGUCUUUCCUGGCGCUUAAAAAUAAAUAAACAUUGACCCUAUAAUUCUGAAUGGUAGUGCAUCUGAUAAACGACAGAUUAGUAUGAGGUUUGAGAGAAUCUGUUAUGACGUGGAGUUUGAGCAUCCGAUGCUUGAUGUAGUCUCUGUGCUGAAGGUCUGAGAACGCUCUGAAUGAAGCACUGGUGACAUCUCCAGCUGUCCAGCCUCAUCAACCCCAGCCAAUGACACGCGUUCCUGGAGAAAGCAGACACUCAGAAGUCUCUUUACCUUUUCCUGUGAUCAUGACUUUGCAAACAGGAGACGUGAGCACAGAGGAGAUUACCACAUGACUGUAUCACCGUCUGCGACGUCUCACAACGGAGACUUACGCUUUAGCAUGUAAACAAGCACAGCGUGAGAUUCUGUAAGAUUCUGAAUAUUACAUUGCUUCUUACUUAAAGGAAUAUUUUACCCUAAAAUUCUCAGCCCCAAGCCUUCCGAACACAGAGAUCGGUAAUGUGGCCAUGAUUUUGAAGCUCCGUAAAUCAGACAUACCCAUCGUGAAACUAAUCUACAUCACAUGUCCUCUGAAGCAGAAUCUGAAAAAAAGAAAGUCAUAUACAGUUUCAUUUUUGGGUGAACUAUUCCUUUAAUAAUAAUGCAGUAGAAAUCUGCUUUUUAAAAUAGUGGGUAAAAGAAUCAUUUUGCAACAAUAAAGUUUACAAACAGUU